AUGGACGCCCAGGCUCGCCGUCCUCCACCGCUGCGGCCUCCACCGAGCCGCCAGGAGAGAGGGGGCGGACCGGCGACGAAGCCGAAGCUCGUUGGAGCUCGUCCGCCCAAGACCAAGGCGGCGCGGAGCUCGCCUGCCCGCGGGCGACUCCCCACCGGCGGCUACGGCGACUCCCCACCGGCGGUCUCUGCACGGCGCUUCCCUCCCCCCACGGUGACUCGACACCGGCGGUCUCUGCACGGCGGCUCCCUCCUCACCGGCGGUUCCCUCCCCCCGAUGGCUCCCUCCCCGGCAGCGGAUGCCCGGGACGGCAGUCCUGGCAGCCCUUUGCACGGCGGCGCUCGCGUGCCCCUGCGUGGAGGCCGCGCGGGGCCAUGGCGGAGCAGAGGCCGUGGCCUCGGAGCUCCCUCCCGGCCGCCCUCUGCACGGCGGCGGACUCCUGGGACGUCGGUCCCGGCGGCUCCCUCCCCAGCGGUCCUUUGCAUGGCGGCGCUCGCGUGCCCCUGCGUGGAGGCCACGCGGGGCCAUGGCAGAGCAGAGGCCGCAGCCCCGGAGCUCCCUCCCGGCCGGAUCUGCCUCAGGCCAUGGAGGUCCGGCGGCGGCGGCUCAACCUCAGGCCAUGGAGGUCGGCGGCGGCGGCUCGAGUAG